UUUCAAGGACAUGGCGGAGGUGCAUACAGAUACGAGUGCGGAACACACUACCGAGGAUGAGUCUUUCGAUGUGAGAAAGGAACGUGGUGAAUUGCUUCAAACUCGCUGUGAAGAAAUAGAUGCAUAAAUGCCUAGGAAAUCAUUGGCGACGAAAAAGAGAAAAGGAAGGGGACCUACAAAGUCACUAGGAAAACACACCCUAAUGACUUUGGAGUACGAUCAUUUGGGGCAACCUUGUGGAAAAUGGCGUCAAAAGUAUGCCAUGCAAGUUGGCAUUUGCAUCCAUAAAGUCUCCAUUCUCCACUCACGGAAAGAGGUGCCCGAGGGGUUGAAGAAAUGUAUAUGGGAAGAUACUAUGAAUCAAUACAAUAUCGAAGAUGAUGAAGCCAAGAAGAAUGUGUUUUUUUCCGCGGUUGCCCAGAGAUUCAGAGAUUUCAAGGCUAAGUUAGUGUUUGGGUGGAUCAAUAUAAGCGGAGAAAAGUAGUGGGUACAAAGAAGAAGAACAUCUACGGCAGAGAAACACAAGCCGGUUCUGAGGCUUCACCGGAAACAUCAUCUACACCCUCCAAAUUACCAUAUCAGAUAUGGAGGAAUAUCGAACCUGAAGAGUGGCAAGCAUUUGUUGCCAAAAAAACCCCAGAAGUUAUUGUUCAUGUCUUGGUAGUUAUAUGAAAACCUGUUUUUUCUCAUAGAUGAGUGUCGAAUUGAUGAUUAAACUAGUGUAAUAAUUCUCAUGUUAGUUCCA